AUGUUGACACCGCAGCCGGAGGGUUUACCGUGUGAGGAAGCAGCAGCUCUCGUUUCCGGCGCGUCCUUCGUCACAAAGGCCUCAUGGUCGCCUACAGAACCACAGUUUGAGCAUCUUAAUACCGUAACCGAUCGAGACCAUUUUGUUUUCUUCACGAUCGUUUGCCACCUGGUCUUUGACCUCCUCUCCCAACCGGUCUCGCUUUACUGCGUCUGUCGGGCAAAAGUCUUUCGGCAGGAGGAGAGUUUUUGGCUCUCCCAGGACCGACGGCCUUGCACAGAGGACAAUCAUCUUCAACUGACCGACGUAAUGGACUUUUCUUGUCGCCUACAGCCUAUGCACCGUAUUUGA